UGAACGAUAAAAAUAUUCAAUUUUUUUUACUUAAAAAAAUUUAUGAGCUUUACAGUAACUCUUAAAAAAAUUGUUGAAAAGGAAAACGUUGAAGGUGUAAUUUUAGUAGAUGAUAAUGGACUUUGUCUAGGAUCUUAUGGGAAGGUGAAUGAAGAAUAUGCAAACAAGUGUAUUAAAUUUGUAGAUUUAGAGUUACAAACCAAAAUGUUUGCAGCAGUGAUGAGUAAAAAACAAAAAGUACUUUUGCAUAGGGAUUCGGGUAUUACAACAGUUUUAUUUAUGGCACGCUGAAUUUGAUAAAUUUUUCUUGUUAUAUUAUCAUGGCAUAUAUUGGUA